CUGCGGCACGGAGACCGCACCCUCCUACGAUUUCGACUUCGUUAACGUCCUGAACUUCCAGUCUGCCCGCCCCGUGCGUCCAGCGACUCGCAGGCGACUCCGCCGUGCACGCGCCCAACUUGAUGGCGGCAGCAGAAACUGCAUAGACCUUUCUCUCUCCCACAGCAAGCUCUCCGUGUGGACGUCAUGGACGACUACGACUACAGCCAUGGUCAUGGUCGGACCCCCAUGAGAGAGUCACCACCCAUGUUGAGAGCUCCAGCCCGUGAACGUGACUCUGACUAUCGCUCUGGUCAGGACGCGUAUCGCGGCGAGAGGCGCCGCUCGCCGGACCGCCGACGCGACCGUCGACGUUCGCGCUCUCCAGCACCCAUCGAUCGUUACCAGCCUGAUCGUGUGCGUGAUGAGUAUGCAUACAGCGCCCGUGGCCGUGAUGAGCCACAUCACCAGCGACGACGCUCAUCACCACAGCCAAUUGACCGCUAUGUGCCAGGCGAACGACCUGAGCACGUACCCAUCCUCGUCAACCCAAUGCCUGAUCCGAUGAAGUUGGACAUCCAGGUGGGAUUCACCUGGUUCGCAGAGUGGUGGCGCACCGAGCAGCGCAUCAAGGAAGAGAAAGAGAGAGCGAAGACGGGACGCCCGCCACCGCGUCUCCGAGGGGAGCGGGAGUCCAAAGAGGAUCGCGAGACUGAGCGGCCUAAGAUACAGGCUGCAUACGACCAGUACAAGGAGAACUUGCAGCGUCUACAGGCUCAGACAUUUGUGCGUCUGCAUAAGAAUGAGGAUUGGUUCCGAGAGCGCUAUGUUCCCGAGUCGCGUGAUGCGUUCAGGAAGAAGCUAAUGAGCUAUCGCAAAGGUCUAUUCGCGCAAUGGGAGCAUGAUCUGACCAAUGGCGUCUUCGACGAUUUCACGUUGGAAGGAAUCUACAAGACCGAAUCCAAUGGGCAAGGUGGUAUCGUGGAGCGCGAGGAGGGCGAAACUAAUGCUGCGACAGAAGUUUUGGGUGUUGGUGACUUACUCCCCUCCAAAGGUGCCGAUCUUCGCGAUCCAGCGUCGCUGCAGCCCACCUUGCUCAUCAAGACCAUCGCUCCGACUGUCACGCGCGAGAAAUUCGAGAGUUUUGCGAAAGAGCAUCUAGGCGAAGGCGCUUGCGGCUUCAGCCACUUGUCUCUUUCAGACCCCAAUCCGCUCAAGAAGUGCCAUCGAAUGGGAUGGAUCAUCCUGAACUCAACACCCGAGCAAGGCGCUGAUGCCUCCGCGGAUGACAGCAAGGCUGAACAGAACAGCAAUGGCUUGGGCGAUGGAAAAGAAGGCACGACAGCAGACGCAGAUCCCAAAGCUAUCACUCAGAAGCAGAGCUCCAGCGAGAAGGCUCUCGAGAAGAUCAACGGCAAAACGAUAGAGGAUCCAGACCGUGGAAACUUCACGGUCCACUGCGGCGUCCACCGUCCACCAGAUGCUCCUCGGAAGAAAGCACUGUGGGACUUGUUUUCAGCGUCCGAACGCAUUGCUCGGGAUUUGGAGCUGGCCACUCGCCUUGUCCGUAAGCUCGACAAUGAACUCGGCGAUGAGUAUUUUGGCGUGGCGAAGAUUGAAGAACGCGUUCACGACCUGUCAGAGCAAGGUUUGCUGAAGCCUGAGCAGCCUGCCAAGCCUGAAAAAGACCCAGAUACGAUGGAAGCCGAGGUUGAAGAUGGGGAAGAAGAAGACGACGAGGGCAUGGUCGAGGAAGACGAUGCCGACGACGAAGAGCUUCUGAUCAAAAAGAAGAAGCUGGACCUCCUGGUGGAGUAUCUGCGUCGUGUCUAUAACUUCUGCUUCUUCUGCGUUUUUGAGUCCGACUCAGUGCAUGAACUGCAGCGCAAGUGUCCUGGUGGACAUUUGCGCAGGCCGCGUGCCAGUCUGACCUCAGCUGCCAAGGAGACAGGAAGAGCCAGUGCUUUGUCGGAAGCAUUCCCUCUCAGAAAGAGAGCAGGUUACAAGCCGGAUGGGGAAGAAGAGCCAGAGAUGGACACCAAGGACGAGAGUCCUGUGGAAGAGAAGAAAACGCUUUCCAUGAAGCCAUCCACCAAAAUGGUGCAGCAGCUGCAGCGUGCCUUCAAUUGGGUGAAGACGUUCGAGGACAAGAUCCUGCAAAUUCUGGAGCCAGACAACGUAAACAUUCGUAAGCUCGGAGGCACGCCGUUGGAAGAAGGUGUGGAGAAGGAGCUUGCAAAGUUCGUGCUACAGGAAGAUGUCAAUAAGUUCCGCUGCAAAGUCCCAGAGUGCACCAAGCUUUUCAAAGGAACCGAGUUUUGGCGCAAGCACGUUGAGAAACGUCACGCCGAUUUCCACGAGCGUAUACGCAAUGAAGUCGAACUCGUCAACACUUACGUGCUCGAUCCGGCGCACAUUGCUCCAAGCAGAAGCGAUGCCAACUCCAAUGGACACUUUCCACCGAGCAACCAUGCACCGACUGGCACGCCACGAGGCUUCCAGCUCAACCAGCAGUUCCCAAUGGGCUUCCCCAUGACCGCUGGGCUGACUCCCGGUGGUACACCUGGCAUGCCGCCGAUGUUUGCAGGUCAGCCGAUGGGCAUACCAGGCGUUUGGACACCUGGAAUGGCUCUCGGUAGCGGUGGGCCGAUGCGCACCAACAACCGCAUGCAAGGUGGUGCCUAUCGAAUGCCUGGUCCUUAUGCGCGCAACGGCAGAGGACGAGGCCCUUCGAUGAGCAGCGGACGUCCUAUGGGUAUGAUGGAAGGCGGCACCGCAACGAUGGGUCCAAACGAGGCCGUGGUAGGUCGCAGCUUGAGAAGCUACGAAGACCUGGAUGCGGACAAGGAGCAGAGUACGGGAGAACUAAAUUACUGAUCUCCUGGAGAACGGAGUGCAGGUGAACGGGGAAGGGCAAAAUGAGCGCCACAACAGAAGACAUUGUGUGCAGAAAACUGUGAAGCUGUGUAGUGUUUUAUGGUAAAGCUCGCACUGUUCGAGAAUAUCGACGGGUACCUAGACACAGGAUUGCUGGCCUCUACUCUCCCUACCUUACCUUCACUUCCCUUUCUCCCUGUCAGGCGCGAGACGCAUCGCGACUGUUCAGGAAGAUAUCUCUGUACAAGCUCUAGAGAAAGUUCAGGUACCUUAGGUAUCAUACUUAAGUUUAC